AUGCUCAAUCAGCACACCCUUGAAGCCAGCCCGGGCUCUCCUCGCCAACUCGGAUCGUCUAGGCCGCUGCGCCAACCGCUUGUCCGCAUCAUCCUCGUCGCAUAUCCGCCCAAACUCGGUCAAGAGCGCCCGGCUGUCCAUUCCGUCAAUCUCCCACCGCCUCCCCAUGUAGCCCCGGACCUUCCACUGCUUACCGGCAUCGGCGGCUCGUCUGCGUCUGCUCGAAGCCUUGGCCUUGACGACGUCGACGCCAGUGUCUUGGUCCGUCUGGUCAUCUCUCACCACCCUGCGCCGCCGGAUCGGCCGGGUUUGUCUCUCGGACCGCCGGGCGCGCCGUCCCUCGCAUUUCAACGCCGACCAGCACAAGGUACAGAGGUCACCGCGGGCCGGGACACGUAG